AUUCCUGUGAGUGAUAAAGAAAUGUUCACAUUAUUUUCUCCCACACCGGCAUGCACAUUUGUUUGGCACCAUUUGCUUUGGAUCAUUUGGUGCAAAACUGGAAGUGUAAGAUUUUUUUUAAAGUGUGACUCAAACUGAAACUGUUGCUUUGCAUUUGUGAAAGACUGAAAAAAAUCUAAAUUACAAAAUUCCUAUAGGACUUCAACUUCAGAGCUACAAUGUACAAAUAAUUUUGCCCCAAAAAUACCUCCGUAGGAAAGAAUUGGGCUGUCCAGACAGCCGUGAAAAAUUGGAACAUGGCCAAAAAAUCUGGUCUGGGUCGCGUUCACCUGCUGGAAGUUCAAGAGGAGAAACCUGGAAGCUUCAGAAAAGAAAUCUGCACUUUUCAGGAACCUGCAAGGUUUUAAAAAUAACCAAGAUCCGGAAGGUAACAUGGGAGACAAGCCUGUAAGUCCUGGGCUCUGCAGAAGGAGCCUGAUGAAACAAAGUGGUCACCAUGUCGAGUUUCCUCCGAGUUGAGCUGCAAGCUGUUUGAAAGCGGAAAGCUGCAGCGGCUCGGCUGUUUGCAGUGAAAACAGCGGAUCGUGUUGCUCUGCUGCAGGUUUUAGGUCUGAAUGGGGAAACAUGGAGGCUGUGAAUGUUUGACCUGCUGAGACACGAGCAGCAUGAGGGCGGACGGCUCCCAAUCAGGUCCUUCGUUAUCCAGGACAUCUGCAGCUAACGGCAGCAUCACUUCCUGCUCAGAACCGGCCCGUCAGGAUUCCUGUUCAUCCCGGAGCGGAUCGUUUUCCAGCCGGGAGUCCGCUCACGGACCAAUCAGCUGCUGACGCUCACAGAAAGCUGAGCUGGGAUUGGUCAGGAGUUCCUGCAGCAGGUGUGUCUCGGAUCCCGGACGGCAGAAAGACGUCCAGUUUCAGGUGGGAGGACACACUGAGGACAGGAGCUGAGGCUUCGAGAAUUAAAGGUUCUGCUGCUGGUUCUGGUUCUGUUCAAGCUGAGCCAUGGAUGAAAACUUCUCCUCAGACAUGUGGUGGGGGACGCUCGGCACCAUCCGACCCUUCCCCAACUUCCACCCGGACCGAGACGCGGCGGACAUCCAGGCGGCGCUGGAGAGGAAAGACGCGGCGGCGCUGGUGAGGAUCCUGACCAACCGCAGCAACGCCCAGAGACGAGCCGUCGCCCAGAGCUUCCAGGACGAAACCAAGCAGGAUCUGAGCGGCGCUCUGAAGAAGGUUCUGUCCGGGGAGCUGGAGGAGCUGCUGCUGCAGCUGCUGAUGCUGCCGGAGCAGCUGGAGGCCCAGCGGCUGAAGGCGGCCAUGGCGGGUCUGGGCACCGAUGAGGAAACGCUGCUGGAGAUCCUGUGUUCCCGCUCCAGGAAGACGCUGCAGGAAGUGGCUGCCGUCUACAGGCAGAUGUAUAACAAGGAUCUGGAGAAGGAGCUGAAAGCAGAAACCAGUGGAGACUUCGCCCGGCUGGUUGUGGCUCUGCUGAAUAAAGCCGUUACUGCAGGCUCAGUCCGGAGAGACGUUCAGGCUCUCGCUGCAUCUCUCAGUGGGAAGAAAGCAGAAGCCGGACCCUGGAUCAACAUCCUGACGUCCAGAGACUCGGAUCACCUGGAUAAAGUGCUGAUGGAGCUGGAGCUGGAGACGGGGCAGACGGUGGGUCAGCUGGUGGAGAAACGCUUCUCAGGAGACUUCCGGCUCGGCCUGAGAGUUUUAGUUCAGUGCAUCCAGAACCCAGAGGUCUACCUCGCCCAGAGACUGCUCACCAUGAAGACGUCGCUGGUUCAGGGCAUCAUGGUUUCCCACAGCGAGGAGGACCUGCUGCGAAUCCGCGCGGCGUUCCUCAGGCUCAGCGGAUCGUCUCUCUACUCCACUCUGCAGAAACAUUUUAAAGGGGAGCAGCUGCUGGCUCUGCAGGCCGUCUGUCGGUCUGAAGACUAAACUGGACCGCCUCUCAUGUUUCACAUCUUCUCUUCAUAUUAAUGACGUUUCUGACUUUCAUCUGUAACUUAUUAACUUUUACCACUUUGUGCAGCUGGAACAGUUUGGUUCUUUGUUUUAAUGUGUAACAUGAAGGCAGAACUCAUUAAAACUUAAACAUGCAAACAAA